GUUUUUUUUUUGCUGCAAUUCAGUGAUGUAACACACUGACUAAAGGUCUUCUAACCAUUUUGCAGUUCACUGCCAAUACUUCUCAGUGCUCCUUCCAUCCCCGACAUGGUUCUUGUUUACAGUGUUUCCUUUGAGAGUGAAAGAGUAAAAUGUGCCGCAGAGACGUCUUGUGAUGUGACCUGGCCACGGUCGGCAGUCACCGAAUGUUUACCCCUCACACCCAACUAUGUGGCUCUGGGAGUCUUGGAGUGGGUGGGCCCGCUGAUGAUGUGCUGACAAAGUCUGUACUGUCCAGACGGUCCUGUGCACACCUAGUCCCACCCCUCCCCUAACCCCUCGGCCGCCUACCUUUCUCCCUCCUUGGCGCCCGUGCACUCUUCCCCCGGCUCUCCUCCCAGGGUCACCCAUUCGUUCAAAGCCGUCGCUGCUCGAGGAGUUUUUUCCGGAGACGCUCAUCCCUUCGCAGCCGCCAUGGUUCGCAGCAACGGUGUCUGCAGAGUGGUCCUGCUGGUGCUAUUCAGCCUCUUGGUAGCCUUCGUACACACAGAGACAGUUGGAGACCCCGUCUCGACAACGAGGGACAACCAGGACACCAUGUCCGGAGAGCCGCCCGGCGAAGUCACCACCAAAGAGCCUUUCCCGGACACGACGGAGCAAACCUUCACCUACGACUACGAGGACACCACACACUCCCAGCCCUUGGACGAGGAGGAAGGUGUCCUGGGGCCGGGGGCCAUCACAGCCAUAGUUAUAGCCGUCUUCCUGGGGGCGUCUGUCCUCCUGGCCCUCAUCGUCAUCACACUGAGGAAGUUUACCGCCUCCUAGAGUGAAUUCACCUCAAUGUGUGUGUGUGUGAAUGUGCGUAUGUAUGCAUGUGUGUGAAUUGUGUAUGUGUGUGUGUGUGUUUAGCUUUUAAUCUCAGUCUGUCAAAUCCAAACUCCCCUCCUCCUCAUCCCUGAAAGAUGAGUCAUGUCUCUUUGCUUUGCUGUAGAUGCUGAAAACUGUGGCAGGUCCCUCAACUGACUCUUUACGGAUUUACUCGUGUAAACGCUCGAAUUGUCGCUCAACUUUUCAAAGAAGUCAAAAAGAAGAAAUAAUCUUAGAAACUGGCUGGCUCUUCCAGUGUAAUCGCUGCAUGCCAUUUGAGUUUUGCUCUGCUUUUUUCUGUCUGCUUUUAAGGUCAUGUGAGCUAUAAAAAAUUGUUUGUGGGCUGUUUGUUUCCCUCUACCUUCUCUUCCAUCCUACAUGCUUUUGCUUUUACUUUUACAGGAAGUGUGUGUGUGCCAGCGACAGAGGUACACUCUGUCUUUUACAAACGAUUUCACAUGGCGCUAGAAUCGUCCCUGAAGCAGCCCCUCAGCGCCGUCCCCGUGCCAGUUUGUAUCACACCAUUAACAAACAUUUGUAGAGUCAAAAUAAGAAGAGAACAUUUGUAUAGAGGCUUCCUCAAAGAAUGUCAACAGCAGCUGUUUGUAACUGCAGAGCAAAUACGAAGGCAGACCCUGGGAUGAAUGUGUGUUUGCACUCAAUUCGGUAUUUGUAAUUUUUUUUUAAUUUCUUUUUUUUUUGUGUGUAAGGAAAAUCUCAGCAGAAUUAUUCAGCUUUUUUUCUGCCCACUCCCAGAGUCCACAGCCCUACAGCUGGAAGUUGCCACGGUCAAUGUCAAUUUGAACAAAUAAAUAAAUCAGAUGCCAAAUUU